UCCUCCAGCAAUACAUAAAUAUUCUGACUCGGAUAACUCAAGACGCCAGGGCAGCCUUGCUCACAGCACUAACCCCAACAGCCUAUUUCUAUAUAUCGGCUAUACGGGGGCGGAAAAAAAAACACUUUUGCUUGAAGCAUAGUUAAAACUUAGCUCCGUCGUCGGUAUAAUAACCAUGGCAUAGGCCCACACAUUGCUAUCGGUAAUUUUAGCACUACGCGUUCCGACCGAGGGAUAUUUGCAGCCGGGCAGAUUAUUUUUAAUGUUGGAAGCUCUUUCCACCACCGUCACUUGCACGCCUGUAGCGGCAUCGCUGUGUUUGCUGCUGCUGCUCAAUAAUUCGAAGGCUGAGUCGACCUACAGCCAGGGGGUUGUGGUGGUGUGGAUGGGAUUCUGAAUCCGUGUAGUGUUUUGUUUGGGACUUCCCGCCGAUGGACGAUGAGCACGAUGGCUGUGGGGCGAGUGAUCCCCUACAGAGACGGCGGCGUUGGCGGUCGUGGCGGUGGUGCCUUGCCAACAUGCACGCGAAGCCGUUCCGCGGGCAGUGUUACUCCAAACUCCGGCGGGAAUGCCUCUCGGCGGGACGGCCUUUCGAAGACCCGCUCUUCCCGGCGUCCGACUCGUCCCUGUACCACACCAAGCCGCCUCCCGCACACGUGGAGUGGAGGAGACCCACGGAGCUGUGCACUUUUCCCCGCAUGGUGAUCGGAGGCAUCAGCGCUCACGACCUGAACCAAGGCACGCUGGGAAACUGCUGGUUCGUGGCCGCCUGCUCCUGCCUGGCCACUAGGCCGUCCGUCUGGAGCAAG